UGCUGCAGCUCCUGUCGUCUCUCCAGUCUCCAGUAAACAGCAGUCAUGGCGACAGUGGUCCAACCGCUCUCUCUGGAUCGAGAUGUGGCCAGGGCCAUCGAGCUGCUGGAGAAGCUGCAGGAGUCGGGCGACGUGCCCGGUCACAAGCUCCAGUCUCUGAAGAAAGUCCUUCAGAGUGAGUUCUGCACCGCCAUCCGAGAGGUGUACCAGUACAUGCAUGAAACCAUCACAGUGAAUGGCUGUCCAGAGUACCAGGCGAGAGCUACAGCCAAGGCAACAGUCGCCGCCUUCGCAGCCAGCGAAGGUCACUCCCACCCGCGAGUGGUGGAGCUACCCAAGACGGAGGAGGGGCUGGGCUUCAACGUGAUGGGCGGCAAGGAGCAGAACUCGCCCAUCUACAUCUCCCGCAUCAUCCCGGGAGGCGUGGCCGAGCGGCAGGGCGGCCUGAAGCGAGGGGAUCAGCUGCUGUCCGUCAACGGCGUGAGCGUGGAAGGCGAGCACCACGAGAAAGCCGUGGAGCUGCUGAAGGCGGCCAAGGACAGCGUGAAGCUGGUGGUCCGCUACACCCCCAAAGUGCUGGAGGAGAUGGAGGCCCGCUUUGAGAAGCUCCGUAUGGCCCGGCGGCGCCAGCAGCAGCAGAUCCUCAUGCAGCAGCAGCAGCAGCAGCAGCAGGGCGUGGCGUCGCACCAGAACCACAUGUCGUAGGUUGUUCCAGAAGAAGAAGAAGAAGAAGAAGUGAAGGAGGAGACGCGGAUCUCGAGACGACCGUCUGGUUUUGCGCCGAGGAAUCCCGACGAAAGCUCUCUCUCUCCGUCACGCGGAGGAAACCGGCGAGCAGGAGACUCUUUUUUUUACUGCCUCUCAACCUUCCAGUGCACCACCUGAUUACUGAGCAAGAACCGGAGGGAGCCGUUCGACGGGGGGGAAACCGGCGCUCUGGAAAAGCAGCGCAGCGGGAGGGUGUCUCUGAAAGACGGCCAUUUUAACUUCCCCGUUCCCUUUUUAUGAGUUGUACCCCCCCCCCUCGCUCGUGGGUUUCCUUUUCUUGUGUUUGUUGUAUUCGUUUUACAGUGGUCCACUUCUCGACCCCCCCCCCCCGCCGUCUGUUCAGUGGCGUUUCUAUCGACUCUUCAACUGGUGCUCGUGUCUCUGUGUGAAUGACCAUCGGUUUCAUUCUUUCUUUUUUCUCUUUUCUUUCUUUCUCUUCCGUGCGUGUCAAAGUCGUCCCGUUUUGGAUAAACUCUUUUUUACCUUCUAUAUUGUAGCAGGAACGAUUUUGUACCUUUGUAGGUUUAGCAAUAACACACACAAUCCUCUGCUUUCACACCUCGCCACUCCACUCACGACGGGAGGCGUGCGCAUACAUCCGGGGUCUGUGCGCGUGUAGAACGUUGUGGAGCAGAGCGGCUCUUCUGCACCGAGCGGCAGCUUCUGUGUCCAAACCGGUCCUCUGUGCCAUUUAAAGAGAUUGUUCAAUUUAAACGCGGCAUGGACUCUAAAUGUGCAAUCAAUAAAAAAAAAAUUGUCCGCUUCGUCCGAAAAAAUAUGACUUGGCGUCGGAUUUUACGGAGGUUCAAUUCAACCCUCGUACACGUCGUCCUGCUCCCGACACACAGAAUGUCCCCAGUUUUCAUUCGCCAGUUAAAUUCAAAAUAUGCGAGAGUUAUUUUUCCAACAUGCCUAUAUUAUAGUUUAUGGAGAUCAGAGAUUUAACAUAAAGUUGUAUUGUUCCUUUUAGAUAUCAUGCAUUCGAGCAGAUUAUUAUUUAUGAAUAUAUUCCUUUUCGCAGAUGAAUACGAGCACAUGGUUCAUGUCGCGCUGCGUUUGUGUUCUGACAAUCACUUUCCCUGAAGUCUGUUAUUCACCAGAGUCAGAGCGGUACAUUCUGUCGUCUGCAUGAAACGCAUCACUUCCUGUACGCCAGAGGAUUUGUUUGUUGUUGUCUGUUAGGAUAACAGCGACUGAAAAGCUGACAGGAAGUUGCAUUUUUCUCAUGAAAAAGUGAUGUGUUUUCCAUCUUUUCUGAUCCUCGUCUAAUUGCACAAGUCCAGCAGAGCAAAAUCCUUCUCCAUGCGUUCUACGUUCCCUACGCAGCCCGUUCGCACUAAGGCCCCUCGUAUUGGUCGCCUCCGGGCUCCGGUUCUAACGGACCUCGUCCAGAAGAACAUCUCAACUCAACAGAUCCCGUUUUGUAUCUUCAAGUCGCCGGUACUCUUUCUUAAUUGACUUACAUUUUUGAAGCUGAUGGUCCUGUACUUACCGUAAAGAUAAAAAAAAUAAAAAAUGACAACAAACUGUUGAUAUGCAAUUGUUAUACAUACUAUAUUUGUAUAAAUAAAUCCAUGUGUUUGUGUACAGUGAA